CAUCGCUCGUGCGCCCCAGCUGCGUUGCUUCUCCACCCUGGAAUGAGUCACUUAGCCAUCUGCUUUCAGAGUAUCUCCCCUAAAAUGCCACCAAGCCCCCUUGAUUUUCUCUUGAUUUCAACAGUUCAGGCCCUACGGACACGCCUGGAACUGUGGAUUUGCUUGUUCAACUUUCCAACUGCAAAGCGCUGUGGAACUCUAGGAGCCCGCGUCCCUCGCAGUGCCCGCCGCGGCCGGCCGAGGGAAACCGGAGUCGGUCUAGGGAGCGGAGGCCUGUGGGAGUCUGCUGCGCGGUCGGCAGGGAAGCCGUGGGGUGAGCCUGGCUGGAGCUGGCCAUUUCCUUUCUUCCCUCGAUACUUCGGGCGCGGAGGCACUGCGCGUACAGGCACGGAAACCUCCUAACCUUCCCUGGUGUCCGCCUUCACUAAUCAACUGACAGCCCCAACUCCUUUGCACACAGACCCGGAGCCUCAGUGACACGGAACCCGGCGCCAUGGCCAGGCCGAUCCCGGGCACCUUCCCGGCGCUUGCCCUGUAAGAGCCCCAAGCGCGCCUCGGGUUUCCGGGUGCGAAAACGAAGCUCCUCGGGAAAUCCCAGACCCCUCCUUUCUAGGGAGGGCGCAGACGGCGUCUCCGUUUCCAAGGAAACAGGCCUUGUCAGUACGUCACUUCCGCCGACCUGUCUGGACUCCAGACUGUUGGGAGGAAAACUGAGCAACAGCCACGACGGUGGACGCGAGCGUCUCCUCUCUGCGCAUGCGCCCGCUCAGCGGCCUGCUUCUAUUUAUGUGGGGGAUCCAACAUGGCGGCUGCGGCGACCCUGACGAUGGCGGUGGAGCCCAUCAGAACAUAGUAGCGGGGAAGGGGGCACGGUCCGCACUCACUGUGGCGUCGGCGGAGACGGCUGAGGGUGGUGGAGGGAAGAAAAGCGACGGAAGGCAAAAGGAAGGGCGGACAAGCACGCGACGCGGCGCCGAAGCGAGCGCCGGCUUGAGCGAAAGCAGAGGGCCAGAACAGUGGGGAUGGCGGAGCCGCGCAGAGUAGCGUUCAUUAGCCUGUCACCGGUGAGGCGGCGCGAGGCCGAGAUCCCGGGGCCCGAGCGCGAGCCCGACUACAAGAAGCACAUUCAUACAGAAGACCCAUUUAAUGAUGAACAGCAGGAGAGACAAGAAGUGGAAAUGUUGGCUAAAAAGUUUGAAAUGAAAUAUGGUGGGAAACCCCGUAAACACCGGAAGGAUCGGCUACAAGAUUUAAUUGACAUAGGCUUUGGCUAUGAUGAGACAGAUCCGUUUAUUGAUAACUCAGAGGCUUAUGAUGAAUUAGUUCCUGCUUCUCUAACCACAAAAUAUGGAGGCUUUUAUAUCAACACGGGCACGCUACAGUUUCGCCAAGCUUCAGAUACUGAAGAAGAAGAUGUAUCAGACAACCAAAAGCACAAGCCACCCAAAAUUCCCAAAAUAAAAGAAGAUGAUAUUGAGAUGAAGAAACGGAAGCGGAAAGAGGAAGGUGAAAAGGAGAAGAAGCCAAGGAAAAAAGUACCCAAGCAACUGGGAGUUGUGGCUCUAAAUUCACAUAAGUCUGAAAAAAAGAAGAAACGUUAUAAAGAUUCUCUUUCUCUAGCUGCCAUGAUACGAAAAUUUCAGAAAGAGAAGGAUGCAUUAAAGAAGGAGUCUAACCCUAAAGUCCCAGUGACCUUAUCAACCUCCUCUCUGAAUAAACCCCCCUGUGCUGCUGCAGCAUUGGGGAAUGAAGUCCCGGACUUAACUCUGAGCAGUGCCGAUCCAGAUCUACCCAUUUUCGUUAGCACAAAUGAGCAUGAACUGUUCCAGGAAGCUGAAAAUGCCCUAGAGAUGCUAGAUGAUUUCGACUUUGACAGAUUACUAGAUGCUGCUUCCGAUGGUAGCCCCCUGUCUGAGUCAGGGGGAGAAAAUGGAAACACCACCCAGCCAACCUACGCCUCUCAGGUUAUGCCCAAGGUGGUACCAACACUUCCAGAGGGUCUGCCUGUACUGCUUGAAAAGCGCAUCGAAGACCUCCGUGUAGCUGCCAAACUUUUUGAUGAAGAAGGAAGGAAAAAGUUCUUUACGCAGGAUAUGAAUAAUAUUCUUCUGGACAUUGAGUUACAGCUACAAGAACUAGGCCCUGUCAUUCGUAGCGGUGUCUAUGCCCAUCUUGAAGCUUUCGUCCCGUGCAAUAAAGAAACAUUGGUAAAACGUCUCAAGAAGUUGCAUCUCAAUGUCCAGGAUGAUCGUUUAAGAGAACCUCUGCAAAAACUGAAACUGGCUGUCAGCAAUGUCAUGCCUGAACAACUGUUUAAAUACCAGGAGGACUGCCAGGCUCGUAGUCAAGCUAAGUGUGCCAAGUUACAAACAGAUGAAGAACGAGAAAAAAAUGGAUCUGAGGAAGAUGAUGAUGAGAAACCAGGGAAACGUGUCAUAGGACCAAGAAAGAAAUUCCACUGGGAUGAUACCAUAAGAACUUUGUUAUGUAACCUCGUUGAGAUCAAAUUGGGAUGCUAUGAGUUGGAGCCAAAUAAAAGCCAGUCUGCCGAGGAUUAUCUUAAAUCUUUUAUGGAAACAGAGGUGAAGCCCUUGUGGCCUAAGGGCUGGAUGCAGGCACGAAUGCUUUUUAAGGAAAGCCGAAGUGUACAUAAUCAUCUUACUUCUGCUCCGGCAAAGAAAAAAGUGAUUCCUGCACCUAAACCCAAAGUAAAGGAGGUGAUGGUAAAGACCCUUCCUCUCCAUUCUUUCCCCACUAUGCUUAAGGAGUGUAGUCCAAAAAAGGACCAGAAAACUCCUGCCUCCUUGGUGGCUUCGGUUGGUGGUCCUUCAACGAGCUCCAGCACGUCUGCUGUCGCCUCCACCAGCUCUAGCUCCACACCAGCCCAAGAAACCAUCUGCCUCGACGACUCGCUAGAUGAAGACCUUUCUUUCCACUCACCUUCACUGGAUCUCGUGUCUGAAGCUUUAGCCGUCAUCAACAAUGGGAACAAGGGCCCUCCAGUUGGCUCAAGGAUAAGCAUGCCAACUACGAAACCUCGUCCGGGACUGAGAGAAGAAAAAUUAGCAAGUAUCAUGAGUAAGCUACCACUGGCUACUCCCAAAAAACUAGAUUCUACUCAGACUGCACAUUCGUCAAGUCUUAUUGCUGGUCACACAGGGCCAGUACCAAAGAAACCCCAGGAUUUAGCUCAUACUGGUAUCUCUUCAGGCCUUAUUGCUGGUUCUUCAAUUCAGAACCCGAAAGUUUCCUUAGAACCUUUGCCAGCCAGGCUACUCCAACAAGGACUCCAGAGGUCAAGCCAGAUUCAUGCUUCUUCCUCUUCACAGACCCACGUCUCCUCUUCCCAAGCCCAACUUGCUGCCUCCUCUCACGCUCUGGGAACAUCAGAGGCCCAAGAUGCUUCUUCGUUAACACAAGUAACAAAGGUGCACCAGCAUUCAGCUGUCCAACAGAACUAUGUGUCUCCAUUACAAGCAACCAUUAGUAAAUCACAGACCAACCCAGUGGUGAAACUAAGUAAUAAUCCCCAACUUUCCUGUUCGUCCCCACUUAUUAAGACUUCAGAUAAGCCACUUAUGUACCGCCUUCCCGUGUCCACUCCCUCACCUGGAAAUGGUUCUCAGGGGUCCCACCCCCUGGUCUCUAGGACAGCACCUAGCACCACUACCUCCAGUAACUAUUUAGCCAAGGCUAUGGUGUCGCAAAUCUCCACGCAGGGUUUCAAAUCUCCCUUCUCAAUGGCUGCAUCCCCAAAACUUGCCGCAUCUCCCAAACCUGCUACAUCUCCCAAACCCUUGCCCUCACCUAAGCCUUCUGCUUCACCCAAGCCCUCUCUGUCAGCUAAGCCUUCAGUAUCAACUAAACUUAUUUCUAAAUCCAACCCAACUCCCAAGCCUACUGUAGUCCCAAGUUCUUCCAGUCCAAAUGCACUAGUAGCCCAGAGUAGCCACUCCAGCAGUAACAACCCAGUCCAUAAACAGCCCAGUGGAAUGAACAUCAGCAGACAGUCUCCUACCUUGAAUUUAUUGCCCUCUAAUCGUACUUCAGGCCUUCCGUCUGCAAAAAAUCUUCAGGCCCCUUCAAAGCUAACAAAUUCAUCAUCCGCUGGAACUGUUGGGAAGAAUAGCUUGAGUGGAAUCGCCAUGAAUGUACCUGCCAGCAGAGGUAGCAACCUUAACUCAAGCGGAGCUAAUAGGACUAGUCUAUCUGGGGGAACAGGAAGUGGAACACAGGGUGCUACUAAACCGUUGUCUACUCCACAUAGACCAUCCUCUGCCUCAGGGUCUUCAGUGGUAACAGCCAGUGUGCAGUCCACAGCAGGAGCAUCAUUAUUGGCUAAUGCCUCACCUCUGACUCUCAUGACAUCACCUUUGUCUGUAACAAAUCAAAAUGUGACUCCUUUUGGGAUGCUGGGUGGCCUUGUUCCAGUGACCAUGCCCUUCCAGUUUCCCUUGGAGCUACUUGGCUUUGGAACGGACACAGCUGGAGUGACAACCACCUCGGGAUCUACCUCAGCCUCCUUCCGCCAUAGCCUAACUCAGAAUAUUAUAAAGGGUUUACAGCCAGGAGCUCAGCAUGCAGCAUCACUUUCCCACUCACCUCUGCCUACACAUUUACAGCAAACGUUUAACGAUGGAGGCCAAAGUAAAGGGGACACUAAGUUACCGCGGAAAUCUCAGUGACUUCCCAGCAAGCAAAGGAGACGAACUGUUUAGUUGGCUGAUGGAAUCUACCUGAUGGGAAAGUACUUGUGUGGUCAUAGGGCUGCUGUUUCUGUCGAUGUUUACAUUCUCUCGUCCCAAGCACUGUGGUGAGGAGGAAAAAGACAAGAAAACAUUACUUGAGCAAAGUCAGGUGCAGGAGGAAGAAAUACUUUUGUGCAAAGUUAGUGACCUUUGGUCUCUUGUAAAGAAAGACAAAGUUACCAUGUUAACUGACUUGAAAGAGGCUCAGUUGUCAAACCCACAGAAGUACAAAUUUGAUUUUUCCCCGGGGAGGAGGAAGGAGGUUGAGAGGAUUUGGGUAAACUCCAUCCAUCCUGGGGGUUGGAUCUGAACACUUGUAGACAUAAUUGCGUAAUAAAAGGCAGUAUACCUAGAAGUGGGCCAGUUUGUCAGGAGUAAGGUCAUGUCUGUGUGAGUAGACUAUGUAGCAAGUUUGGCACACAAAAAAGUUGAAUGACCCCACAUCUGAUACAGAUGGUAGCUGAAGAGAUACUGUACCCUCAAAAAUCCUGAGCAAACUUGAAUCUUCUCCAGUGUGUGUAAACUCCCAUGUAAAUCAGUGGACUCAAGACACUUCAAGAACGUUAUUUUAGCACAGUGGUAUAUAUUAUGAAAUCAUCUAGAUUUUUAUAAGUCAGGAAAUCGAGCCUGUUGCUCUUAACAGAUGAAACCUAAAUAUCCCCUUUUUGUAAAAGGGUCCGUUUCAUCUUCCAUUUCAGAAGCAGGUCCUUAACUCUCUUCCUCAGAUGGUUUGUACAUCUGGUAUUGACUGGUCAGCUGUUUCCAUUCUUGAUGUUAAAAUGUGACGGUGUUCACAGUUUUCUCUGGAGAAACAGGGAUCUUUGACGCAGGGCUGCUGCUCUGUUGCUCUCGACCCUCGCAGGCCUGCCAGUACGGAGUGUAACUCUCCCCACGUCCCCUCCUCUCGCAUCUCCUUUUGUUCCUUUUGCUAACGGAGCUUCAGGUUAGCUCUUCAUAUCAACAGGACCUAUCUGUGUUUAUUGGUCAUUCAGAUGGCAUAUAUCUGUCUAACUUUUGAAUUUUUAAGAAGGUAUUUUAAAGGGAGGAGUUGAACUAGGCUCAUUAUGUGUACAAGUGAUUAUCUUUCAUAGCAAUCACAGUGUAUUUUUACCCUCUAUAUCCAGUGUAAUGGAAUUAUCCGGAGCAUUUGGGAUCUUAAAAGCUUUACUAGUAUUUACUCAGAGAAUUGAUACAUGAGUAAACCUCAGAAAACAAGAUUCCUUAGCUAUUAUAGCUGCUUAUGCAAAUAGCAUAUUCAAGAAAGGAUGUUAAGGGAAAAUGUUUUCGUUUUCUUUGAAUACAUUUUCUUUGAAUUUUUUUCAUCAUUAUUCUAAUGUCUUUUGUAUUUUAAGUUCUGAAUAUUUUCAUCCUUUACCCAAGUUUAGCCACUAAAUGGUAUAAGCUUGGUUCAUUUAUAGUGAUAGACCUAUAAAACAGCAUUAAAGGGGCUGGCAGGUAGCGUGGUGGUGAAAGGUGUUGGGUUCCCACAUGGCCAGCUGCAGUUCAAGUCCCAGACAUGGCAGCUUGCUUUCUC